CUGGCACCUUUUGCUUUGACAGCAGUUAGGAGAAGCAGCGAGCAGCGAAAGAAGCAGUCCGCAACCAUUCACGAGAUAUUAUUGUUGGGUUAUACAGAUUGGAUAUUUACACCAUUUUAUGGAAUCGUUUCAAUUUCGUUUGGCGAGCGGUGGCGCAAUUUUAAACACCUUUCAUGAAAUGUCACAGCAUGUCUUUGAAUAUUUUCAAUCACAUAUCUUCCUUGGCUUCGUGAAAGUAAUUUAGAUAGAAAGAACACAGACGAUAAUUUUCACAAGACAUUUGUGCUUAUUCUUUCAAGCAGGAUGGUGUCAUACAGUUUCAUAUUCACUUUGGUUAUUGCUGUGGCAUGGGAAGUUAUCGGUGAACCACAAACUCUACCUUCACCCUCAACGCAGCUAAAUUCAACAUCAUCCAUUCAUGGAGGGGAUUUGUCAAAUAACGACACAGAUAAGACCGAAUCAAGAAUGUCUUCAAUGUUACAAUAUCUUCCUACUCUUAAAAAUACUGUAAUUAUUAUUUGCGCGCUAACAGCUGUUCUCAUCACGUGCUUGGUAAUCAAAGUGAUCAGAUCUGGACGGAGAAUCAGGAAAACACGAAGGUAUGACAUAAUCACGACACCAGCAGAGCGAGUAGAAAUGGCUCCUUUGAAUGAGGAGAAUGAUGAUGAAGAGGACUCCACCCUCUUUGAUGUCAAGUACAGGUGAAUGCCAGCAUUAAACAGAGGAUGUUGGAUUUUGAACCCACCAUUUUCUCCAGUGGAAACACAACCCAAGGAUAUGUUUUGUAAAGCUGUUCCCUGAUGUAUUCAGUGUUUGGUAACUUCUGUCAAGUCUAGUCAAGUUACCCAUCUCACCCAAUAUUUUCAGAAGAGGUACCUCGGUUGGCUUGUUUUCUAGAAUGUAUUCUGAUUGUGAACAUGCUGUAUUUACAAUCAUUUUGUACACAUCAUACACUUCUAAUGCAGAAGACUCAUCUUCAGAGGGAUACUGCGCCCAGCUAGCUCAGUAAAUGCAUAUCCUCUUUAAGCUAAAACUAAAUACAUAGAGAACAUUUGAUGGCUUCUGCGUAAAGGAAAUCCUCUGGCUGUCCUCUAAUGCUUAUGGUAUAUUAUUCACUGUAAUAUUAGUUGCAUUCCUCAGAUUAUUAGUUUCAUAUGUAUGGUUUGCACACUGAAGAAUACUUAUUUACUAGUCUGGUGCAAAGAUUAUUUUAAUUGGCAACUAUUCGGCUAUUCCAAAUAUUACACUAACCACUAAAAUAUGCAUACACUGUAAAUUGUCUGAGGCUUUCUGUCCUCUGUCUCGUGGUUGGUUUGGGUGCAUAUGUUUUCCUGUGUGUGUUUCAGAGUCUCCCAUUUUGCUGCUAUCUCUAACUGGGGGUUGGUUAAGGUUUUAAGUGCAUAUAAGUAUAGUGGAAAACUGUUCAUAGAAUAGACUUUGCAGGGUAUUGAAAAGAAAUGUAUGUUUCUCAAAAGCUGGAUUGUAAAAAAAACGACAACAACAUACAUAUAUGUUUGUGUGUGUGUGUGUGUGUGUGUGUGUGUGUAUAUAUAUAUAUACAUACACACACACACACACACAC